AUGGGUGCCCGUUUUCAGAUGGUUGCCGAAGUAGUGUCAUCUGUGCGAUGUUUCCAAGGGUUUCAAAAUGUGUACAAGCACCACAGCGAUGUUCUAAAUUGUGAAAUGAAAUUUGGAGCGUAUGUUCCCGAUCACAAAGAAGGCGAACGUCUGCCGGGACUGUUUUAUCUUUCCGGUGAGUUCAUUAGUCUGAAGUUCGAGUAG